AUGUCCCUGGUAUGGACGAGAACGAAUUCAGCAUCGCUAUGUCAGAACAGGCAGCGAGCAACCACGAAGUCAUCCUGUGAUCUUGCAACAAAUACACCCAUCUUACACUUCAAAGUAACCAAAGCCAAGAACCAGCCUAAGAAACUCCAUCUCGAAAUGCAUUCAGUUACCGCCCUUCUACCAUUGCUUGUAUUGGCUGCAGGCGUUCUCGCCGCCCCUACACCUCUGCGCCUCAUGAGCCGGGGACGGCCAAACCUUCACGAAGUCAUCCGUGACCCAACACCCAUCAACGCAGGACUCCACGUAGCAUUGCCAUCAAUUCCCCAUCUCCUUCCCGGACUGGACCUGAACCUCCACACGACGCACCCUCGUGUCGUACCAGCUGUCGAGGACGAUGCCGCGCCGGUUGUCGUUGUAGACAGAGCGUAGUCGACGGGCACGCAUAGUUAGUACCCGAGGGGAAUGUGAUUUCGUUGCGAUUGUCACGGCUGUUCUCUAGACCUCUGUCAACGAUGCCAAAUCUACCUCAGAGCGACAGACUCGAGGCGUCUUAGUCGUACAAAGAUCCACAAUUCAAGUUCGACUUUUCGU